AUGGAAUCACAACUGUUUAGUGCCAAGCUCGUCCUUUUAGGAGAAUCAGCAAGUAGCCUUGUAUUACGGUUUGUUAAAGAUCAAUUUGAUGACUAUAGAGAAAGUACAAUAGGAGCUGCAUUUCUUACACAAACUUUAUCUCUUGACAAAACAACAACAAUCAAAUUUGAGAUUUGGGAUACAGCAGGUCAAGAACGUUAUAGAUCGUUAGCACCAAUGUAUUACCGCAACGCAAAUUGUGCGAUUGUCGUCUAUGAUAUUACGCAGGCGGAGUCGUUGGAUAAGGCAAAAGCAUGGGUGAAAGAACUUCAUCGACAAGCGUGUGGAAAUAUUAUAAUUGCAUUGGCAGGAAAUAAAGCAGAUUUAUCAGAACGACGAGCUAUAGAAAUAGAGGAUGCUCAGGCAUAUGCACAAGAAGAAGGGCUAAUUUUUUUUGAAACGUCGGCAAAAAGUGCACAAAAUGUAAAUGAAUUGUUCCAUUGUAUCGCCAAGGCACUUCCAUUAGAACAUCCGACUCAUAAACCACGAAGUGCAGGAUUAACUCGAGAUGUUGAUUUAUCUCGGCGAUCAUCGGUUGUUAAUGCAUCAUCUACAUGUAAUUGUUGA